GUAGGGGCAGUACCGAGUCCACACAGCUCCUGCAAAACAAUGGACGGGUUCGGUUGCGUCGCUAGCGAUCUCGACUUCGCGAGGAUGCUAGAAGACAUCCUGUCCUCCCCUCCUCCAUCGCCGAGUGGCGAUUUUCUGGAAGAGUUUAUGGACGAUGUGAGCGAGACAAGUUUCGACUCCGGUUCUGACGGCUGCGCCACAAGUUUCGGCUCGGACGGAGCAGCGUCGCCGGUCAGAGAUGAGGAUGCGUCGCCUGCGAGGAAGAAGAAGAAGUCGGCCACGCAGAGGAAGAAGCAGCGUCUAGCCGCCAACGUGAGAGAACGUCGCCGCAUGGAGUCUAUCAACGGGGCCUUCGAUGUGCUACGGAAACGGGUCCCGACGCUGGCGUACGAGAGGAGGAUCUCCAAAGCGGACACCUUGCACCUGGCCAUCGGGUACAUUCGGUUCCUGUCGGACCUAGUCAAGUCGGACACGCAAGGUGGAGAAGCAGUUGCGCACAGCCGGCUGAAGAAGCCACCGAAAAUCAUCAUAAGUCACAAAGGAACAGGAAGCAUGUCGCCCACCGACAUGGAGUACGGGGUCCCGCCGCUAGAGGGCCACUCCCUCUCAUGGACAGACGAGAGAAAACCCGUUUCAAAGGGACAGAGACUUGUCGCGAAAAUCUGGACACCAGAGGACCCAAGAACGGAGAGCACAAAGAGUAGUACUAGUAGCUUGCCGAUGGAACAAGUUGUGCCAGCGUAAGAGAAAGACUUUUAAAUACGACACUACUGUGGACAGUAUAUACAGGCCUGGAGCCUUUUUGUAAAAAAUGCAAUUGGUACUUCGAAACAUGUACAUAAUCUACUAUUUUAUAAUCUCUUUAUAUGGUAGCUUUUGGAGUUUAUUGUACACAUCAGACAUGUAUUGUUCUAAAAAGAUGUCGCAUCUACGAUGUUCAUUUUGAAUGUAUUUUGCGGUAUUUCGCUAUUUUCUAUAUAUUUCGCUCUCGGAUCCCAAGUAAACUGCUAUUUUCUAUUCCAUGUUAUAGACCGUGUGUUCACCACC